GUGUUUCCCUGUUCUAUAGAUGCCAAAUGUUUUACACAGAACACAAAGCCUAUUACUCAUCAUCCAGCUAAGGCAGGUGAGAGGCCAUUUCCAUGUUCUGAGUGUGGGAAAUGUUUUACAUAUAAAUCAUAUCUUGUUAGACAUGAGAGAAGUCACACAGGUGAGAAGCCAUAUUCCUGUUCUGAGUGUAGGAAAUGUUUUGCAACCAAAUCAUUUCUUGCUACACAUCAGAGAAGUCACACAGGUGAGAAGCCAUAUUCCUGUUCUGAGUGUAGGAAAUGUUUUGCAACCAAAUCAUUUCUUGCUACACAUCAGAGAAGUCACACAGGUGAGAGGCCAUAUUCCUGUUCUAAGUGUAGGAAAUGUUUUUCAUCGAAAUCACAUCUUGUUAGUCAUCAGAGAAGUCACACAGGUGAGAAGCCGUAUUCCUGUUCUGAGUGUGGGAAAUGUUUUGCAUGUAAAUCAGUUCUUGUUACACAUCAAAGAAGUCACACAGGUGAGAAGCCGUAUUCCUGUUCUGAGUGUGGGAAAUGUUUUUCAUCGAAAUCAGAUCUUGUUAGUCAUCAGAGAAGUCACACAGGUGAGAAGCCGUAUUCCUGUUCUGAGUGUGGGAAAUGUUUUGCACACAAGUCACAUUUUGUUGUACAUCAGAGAAGUCACACAGGUGAGAAGCCAUAUUCCUGUUCUGAGUGUGGGAAAUGUGUUGCAUGGAAAUCACAUCUUGUUAUACAUCAGAGAAGUCACACAGGUGAGAAGCCGUAUUCCUGUUCUGAGUGUGGGAAAUGUUUUGCACACAAAUCACAUUUAGUUAUACAUCAGAGAAGUCACACAGGUGAGAAGCCAUAUUCCUGUUCUGAGUGUGGGAAAUGUUUUUCAUCGACAUCACAUCUUGUUAGACAUCAGAGGAGUCACACAGGUGAGAAGCCAUAUUCCUGUUCUGAGUGUGGGAAAUGUUUUUCAUCGACAUCACAUCUUGUUAUACAUCAGAGAAGUCACACAGGUGAGAUACCAUAUUCCUGUUCUGAGUGUGGGAAAUGUUUUGUACGGAAAUCAGAUCUUGUCACACAUCAGAGGAGUCACACAGGUGAGAAGCCAUUUUCAUGCUGUGAGAGAAAUAAAUCCGCUCUUGUUGAACAUAUUAGACAUUACCCAAGUCCGGAACCAUUUACAUCUUCUGGAGUAUAAUUAUCACUGUCGUCCAAUGUUCCUCAAGGGUGAAUCCUAUCUCCCAUGCUUUAUAAAAUAUACAUGCUACCACUGGGUGAUAUAAUCAGACGUCUUGGGCUGGUCUACCACUGCUAUGCUGAUUACCUGCUUUUUGCUCCAUGUACUGAGAACCUAAUACCAAUCCUAUAUGGUUGUCUUGCUGAGCGCCAGGGGUGGAUGAUGCCAGUUGGCUGUGACUCAGUCUUUGUGAAACAUAAUAGAAGCUCCCGAACAAAGGACAAGACUACAGCUUUACCAACCAUCUGGAUUUAUGCUUUGGUGUUCAGAAUCGCAAAAUACUGAACAUGUGCUGAAUCUUUGUGUUGUCCUGGUAUGUGGCUGACACAGACAUCAGGUAUCCGCCACAUACAAAUCCACAUUCUUCCAUCUGUGGACCAUAGCCAGAAUCAAGCACUUGAUUCCCUCAGAAGUUCAUAGACUACUGCAAUGCCAUCUACCUGGGUCACCCAGCAAAAGAAUUACAGAGCUUGCAGCUAGUACAGAAUGCAGCAGCCAAGCUGUUACCUGACCAGCCCGUUCCUGCCUCAUAACACCCAUUCUCUACUCCCUUCACCGGCUGCCUGUAAGAUGGGAAAUCUAUUUCAUAAUUGGCUAACUGACCUUCCCAGCCCAACAUUACAUGGUCCAAGGUACUAGAAGCAGCUUCUGCCUCCUUACUGCCCUGCUUGCUUGCUUCUACAGAUGAAGGACUGUUACCAGCAGUACCAAGAAUCUCCUGUCAUUCAUUUAUGGGUUGAACGUUUAGCUUUGACCAUGGAACACACUGCCUUGCACAGUCCAAGAGGCCUCCACUCUAGAGACCUUCACAAGCAGACUGAUGACUGUUACUCACGCUUUUCAUUAAUGUACCUCUAUUUACUUCCUAAAUAAUACAUCCCAAAUGCUUAGGUCUUUUUUCUGCUGUUUAUUUUGUAUCUUGUGCUUUGUGUAAAUGUGAAUGUCUAAUACCAGUUUGCACAAUCUGUAUUGCUGCACGACAAUAUGGCGGCCAUUGGAACGUGUUUUCACUUCUAGUUUGCCUAACUUGUUGCAGACACUCAUCUUGAUAAGGAGUGUCGAGUGUUUUCUGAUACAAGAUCCUAUCCAUAUAUACCCUGUAUAUUACCAUGUGCAUUAGAGUCACCCGGGUUCCAUCUGCAGUGGUUUGUUGUAUGUUACAUCUAUAUGGUGCGGAGACUCCCCUGUAUGAUUUCAUAAAAAAAGCUUUUGUUUGCAUCUAAUUAUUACAUUAAAGCUUUUAUUUUUUAUUCUGUUUUAUA